UUAAUAAAACGUGAGCACAUUUUCUUUUAAUUGAGUCCUAAAUCUCGCUCACAUUUAGUCAUUUCCGACAUGCUCUCACCGCUGCUGCCUGUCGUAACUUCUGUUACUCAAGCUGUUGAGAUUCGGCUAUUGUCUGCAACAUUACAGUUCAACAUUGCAGGGUCACCUGUGGUGUCCCGCCAGCUAUGGAGCCGACUGCUGAUAGCCUGAGGGACUUCUUGAAAGAUAGAGGUGUCAGCGAAGAGUUUAUUCAGAAACUCGAAAACGAAAAGAUUGAUCCAUCUGUGAUACCACUAAUGAGUGAUGGUGACUUGGCAGAGUACAUUCCUAAAUCAGGGGACCGAAUAGCUGUGGUGGCCUUUUGUAGGCGAUCCAGCACAACCAGUAAUUCAAGAAGAGACCAUAUACUGACUCGACUGCGCCGAAGACUAUCAGCACCAGGUGUGAAGCCUUCAAAAAAUUCAACUUGGAUUGGGAAUAAGAAUGCAGAAAAAAGAGAGAGGCGGAUUGAAUUAGGAUGGAUGGAUUUUGAUUCUAAGCAACAGCAGUACAAGCAGGUGAAGGCCAUUAAAGGUGGAGGAACCAGACAUUUGACCAUUGAUAAAAACCUAACAGUGGAGGAAGUAAGGGUCAUGGCAGAAAAUAUUUUUUUUCCAGAUGGGGCAUCAAAGAACAAAAAGCUCUCAUGUUACCAUUCUGAAAUUCAGUCGUCACAGAUUGAAGUGGAGAUAUCAAGCACUAUUGAGCAACUGUACAACCUCAGUCGUGUUCGAAUACUACGACUGUAUCUCUGCACCAAGUUAAGGGAUGUACAGAUAGAAGAAGACAUCCAUCCCAAAACCCCGCAGAGCUCAACUUCAGUUGCAGAUGUUGCUGAAAGUUCUUUUGAAGUCAGGCAGUACUUACCAGAACCAGAUGACGACUAUGUUGUCAACAUCGAGAUUCCCACAGACAAUAACAUGGACGACACAGUGGUUUGGACUGGCCAGUACACAUUAGCAGGAAAUGAAGCUUCCCCUGUUACAGUGUCUCUUGUUGUAGAUAAUAUGACCCCUGCUGAUUCAUCUCCAUUGGCACAGCCUGUCAGUGAUCCUAAACCGCCUUUAAGCCAACCAUUAGUUACAGGGGUGGAACCCACAGUUGCAGGAAUAGGCCUACUGCACACUAUCUCUUCAACAGCCAGUGAAUCCUUGCCAUGUAAUUCUGUGUAUUCCUCAGUUUUUGACCUGACCACUACUGAAUCUCCUCCCCAAGACUCUUGGAUGUUGCAGCCUCCUGUUGCAGACUCUUUCCCUGAGUCAGACAGUGACCAUGUGCCCAGUGUCACGUUAAUCAUACGUAGAGGACACUGUCUCGCUGAUCUUAUCAAGGCAUUUAAAGAUCCUCUUGUUUUAGAGUCAGAGAUCUACAUUAAGAUGCGAUUGCCUAAUGGUCAGCUUGAAGAGGGAGAAGGGAUAGGAUUGCUCCGUGAUUGCAUCACAGAAUUCUGGACAGAGUUCUAUGGGAGAUACACAAUGGGCCGUGAUGCCAAAGUGCCUUUUAUCAGGCACGAUUUUCAAAUUGAAGAAUGGAAGGCUGUUGCUAGGGUGCUUGUUUUGGGAUGGAAACGUGCUGGGUACUUCCCAGUGCAGCUAGCAGCCCCAUUCCUGGAGGAGGUGCUGUAUGGGUCUGCAGUUAGCAGCUGCAAGGAUGGAUUUCUACAGUAUGUGUCAGAUCAGGAGAGACAGAUUCUUCUCAGGGCCUUGGAUGACAUUGAUUCAGUCGAAAUGGAGACUCUGCUUGAUCUCCUUGAUGUCCAUGAGUGUCACCAGGUGCCAAAUAAAGAUAAUCUUGUCCCAUUACUCUCACAAAUGGGUCAUAAGUCUAUAGUCCAAGCACCAAUGUACAUCAUUGAAUGCUGGCGCCCCGUAGUUGAUACCUUAGCCCGCACUCUCCCGUUCGAUGAGCUGCAUAAACUGUUAGAGCAAAAAACAACAACUUCGAAGGCCGUGAAGGAGCUUCUCCAGUUCCCAGAUGUGAUGACCGCAACACAGCAUGCAGUUGCUCGCCAUCUGAAACGUUACAUUGUGGAAGCUGACCAUCAAACUUUACAAAACUUCCUGAGGUUUUGCACUGGCUCAAAUUUGGUUGGGCAUUCCAUUAAGGUUGAGUUUACUGAAACAUCUGAUUUUCAGCGCAGGCCUCAGGCUCACACAUGUGGGUGCAUUCUUAAAUUGCCUGUUGGUUACUACAAUUACCCAGACCUCAGGAAUGAUUUUAAUAGUGUGCUGACUAGUUCUGUGUGGGUAAUGGAUAUAGUGUAGAUUGUCUCAUCAGCUACAUAAUGUCAGUUUGCAGUUCUCAAUAGUUUGGUUAGCUUUAUGAAAAACUGCCAUGUCUCAAAAAAGGUGACAAGUUGGUAAGCUGUUCUGAUACUAAAUAACUCAGGUUAUUUAUUUGUUAAAUAUAAUAAGUAAACUGAAUAUGUGCAAAACAUUUUAUUUUUGAAUGACACAUUUUGUAAACAUUCCUGGAUAAAACAGGUGUCAACUUUCUUAAGUUCUUGCACAAGUGUUUAAAACAAGCAGUUGUGAAUAACACAUUUACAGGUUUUAGUCUAGUAAAGAAACAACAAAUCUUAUUUUGUUUUAUUAUGCCUAAAAAUUUUUUUUUUUUCUGAACCAUGUGCAAUGUUUUACAUAUGGGCAGAUGUUUUUUUCAAUUAAGAGCAAACAUUUUUAACAGGGUUCUUUAUAUAUUUAGUAUGCCCUGUAUUCCUUGUCAUGAUGAGGAACUGUUACUUGUUCAACUGAAAAGCAGUGCGUUUUAAACAAUAAAUGUUGUUUUUGCAGAAGUCAUCUUAUGUGUACUG